GGAGGGGUGUCCAGGAGACUCUUGAGCCCACCCUCUCUGAAUCAAGAGCUCCUAGGUCUGGGUCUCUGCUGGAUUUCAGCCUCAGUGAACCAUUUUCUCACCCUGCCGAGGGUGCCAGGUUCCAGCUAGGGUCCUAAAAAGGAGUUUCAUUCAAAUCCAUGAGGAUGUAAAGAGAACCCGCGAUGACAAGUUCUGUCCUGGGACCCACGGCACAAAAAGAUGGGCUUGAAGCUCGUGUCGGGGUCCUUGAGGAGUUCACUGACUGUGGACUCUAGCUGAGCCCAACUCCUAGAGUGUCCACUUCUGAAGAUGAGGAUGUGUUACUCUUUGUAUGUAGCUGAGUCCCCGGAGCCUACAACACUGCCUGAAUCAUAGAGGAGUUUCAAAGAAACUGAGGUUCUCGGUGUCAAGAUUUCCUUUACCAUGUACGACCUCCAAGGUAGAUCUUAUUCCAAAACAAAAGAAAGAGAAAAUAGCAAUGGGCUGCAGUUAGAAUCCACCACUCACUGAGGAUCGAUCCUCCACAGAGAUGAUUCCCGCUGUCAAGGAUACGCAUCUGCCAUGGGAAAUCUACAGUGUCUGCAGAUGAAGAAACAGUCUUGGAGAGAUCAUGUGAUUGCUGAAGGCCAUUCAGCUUACAAGAGACAGAUGGGGAUUUUUCGGCCAGAAUGCGGCGAAAGACCCGUUUUCGAGAGAGGAGCUCAGUAUUCCAGAAUCAUAGGAGGGAUGGAGGCUGAGGUGGGUGAGUUUCCAUGGCAGGUGAGUAUUCAAGCAAGAAAUGAACAUUUCUGUGGUGGCGCCAUCCUCAACGAGUGGUGGAUUGUCUCGGCGGCUCACUGCUUUCACUCUGAGAUCUCGCCAACAGAACUGAGAGUCGUGCUGGGAACCAAUAGCUUAAGCAGCCCAUCCCUGGAAAUAAAGGGGGUCACAAGCAUAAUUCUGCACAAGGACUUUCAAAAACUCAACAUGGACAAUGAUAUCUCCUUGCUGCUGUUGGACACGCCCAUCACAUUCAGCGAACUGAAAGAACCCAUCUGCAUGCCCACAGAGCCCGGCCUCUCCAGGUGGCACAAAUGCUGGGUGGCAGGAUGGGGGCAGACCCAAACUGGUCUCAGACAGCCUAUGGAAACAGAGCUGCUGAAAGUGCCCAUGACCAUCAUGGAUUGGGAGAAGUGUUUAAAGGAAUUUCCAAGACUUACCAAAAACAUGCUGUGUGCUGGAUACGAGAAUGAGACCUACGACGCUUGCCAGGGUGACAGCGGGGGGCCUCUCGUCUGUACCACAGAAUCUGGCAAGAAGUGGUACCAGGUGGGCAUCAUCAGCUGGGGGAAGAGUUGUGGACAGAAGAACAUUCCAGGGAUAUACACCUUGCUAGAAAACUACCACUCCUGGAUCAAGAAGGCGACUGAGUUAGAGGGAAGGCCCUUUAGUGCUGAGAACAUGAUAGCCUCUCCCAGACAAAAAUCAAAGAGCUCUCAGGCUUCAGAAUUCCGGGAGCCAGGCAGCCCCAGAUUCUGGCUCCUGUCUGCCUUGUGCCCUACGUGGUGUUUUAAGCUAUUUUUCUACAAAUAA